UCGCUCGCUUUCGGUCAGGAGCCGAGCCACGGUCGGGGCUGACCCUUUACAAGAGGUCUCAGCCCUACUCCUAAAUGUCCCCAGCCCCCAGCUUCCCCAGCAGACAAUGCCUCGCUCCGAGCCACCUCCAGCCCCUAAAGCGAGGCGUCGGAGCAAAGUGCGACCAUGGGCGCAGCAGCUCCAUGGGUGUGCCGCUGGGCUCAUCCCGGCGUGCCUGAGGCCGCCCGCCCUGUAACAGCAGCCGCGGAGAGCAGCGCCCCCGGCCGCACCUGCCCGGCCCCGCCGCCCCCGGCUCUCCGGGCCGGGCCAGAUCCUGAGGCCCUGUUACACCGAAGGCUCGCUGGGGCCGGGCCAGGGCCCGGGGAGUUCCCUACCUGCUCCUGGGGAGCGGGGGAGCCCCGCUGCCGCCUCCCAGAGAGCCCCGGCAGCCGAGGGACCGCGGCGCCGCUGCCCCGGCACGGGCGGCUCCUCCCGGCGACGCCUCACCUUCCCCGCCUGCAAACCUGGCCGUCCCCAGGACGGUGGCGUGGCCCCGGCGCAGGGCAAGGCCACCCCCGUCCCCUCCCCGCCCCGGCGCAGUACGAGCAGCUGCAAACCUCCCUAGUUGAAGGGACCGUGUCGCUGGAAGAGGAAGAGCCCUUCAAGACUCCGUGGAGGCUGUUGGCAGGAGCAUCUCGGGGACAUUGGCCGAUUUAUUUGCUUAUUCAGUAGGCUGUUUUGGCUGCUUGGUCUGACUUGCCCAGACUGUCACUGAGAUACGUGGAAGCUUGAACAUACAGUUCUAUUUCCAGGUCAACAAGAAAACUCAGGUCAAAUUUGUCUUCAGCUAACUUACCUUCUCCUGGUAAAUCAUCCCUCCCAAGUAUGAAGAGGUUAUAUCCACACUGCCUUUCUAAGACCUCUGGUAGUAU